AUCUAUAGUAAACAUAUCAUUCAGUUUUUUGACAACCCGCGGCAGACAUUCUUCGUGGUUGCGCACAUUAUCUCGUUUUGCGGUGUGAAACUUUUCCUAAUACCAAUAAGCAGCCGAAGAAAUGUCGUUUGCUUUGAGAAACACUGCUCGUCUGGUCAGCUCGGCCCGUCCGGCACUGCGUGCCGUACAGUCUCGCGGCUACGCUGACGAAAUGGCCUUCACGCUGGCAGCCGCCAACAAGGUCUUUUAUGACGCCACCAACGUUCGACAGGUUGAUGUACCAUCGUUCAGUGGUUCUUUUGGUAUCCUUCCGAAGCAUGUUCCCACCCUUGCUAUUCUGAAACCAGGAGUGGUCACCAUUUACGAACAGGAUGGUGCUGCCAAGAAGGUGUUUGUUUCCAGCGGUACCAUUACCGUGAAUGAGGACUCUUCUGUGCAGGUCCUAGCCGAAGAGGCUCAUCCGGUUGAGGAUUUGGAUUCUGGUGCCUGUCGCGAGAUUCUAUCUAACGCUCAGAGCCAGCUCUCGUCUGCCUCGUCCGAAGUGGAACGUGCCGAAGCGGGUAUAGCCGUUGAAGUUGCGGAAGCCCUUGUUAAGGCUGCCGAAUAAGAACCUCUACUGCCAUCAUUAGUUGAUUCUAUUAAUACAACCAACCAGAUAUAACAGUGGGAUUAAAUUGAUGUGGUAAGAGUAGUAAAGUUUACGAACGUGUUGAACUAAAGUGGGUUCGAUAAGCGGCGCAAGCAGCUAUGUGAGGGCUAAGUAAUACAAACGGAAUGAACAGCAAAGUGAACUGUA